AUGGCUACAGACUUGCUUAAUUUGAAUUCAAGCGAAAAUUCUACAACUUUAGAAGACUGGAUGAGCAGAGAGCUUGUGGUUGUUAACAUUGUGUUUGAUGUUCUCAUAUUGACCGUGAGUGUUUUAGGAAAUUUCUUGGUUAUAUUUACCAUCAUUCAUGAGAAGAAACUUCAAACUACGUGCAAUUUUCUACUCCUUCAUCUCGCUAUUUCUGACAUCAGUUUAGUUGUUGCCAACAUUCCGUUUGAUAUACAUACUCUUGUCAAUGGCAAUCGUUGGAGGUUUGGUGGCUUCAUGUGUAAAAUAUUAUAUCCAGUAAAUACUGUCUUCUAUGUAUCUGGGGCGCUCAUUCUGACUGUCAUCUCUCUUGAUCGAUACAGAGUAUUUGUGCAAACAUUUAAAGCCAAACUACGUCGAGCUCAAGCACAGAAACUUAUCGUAUUAAUUUAUGUGUUUUCAGUUGCUUCAGUUAUUCCUUAUAUGUUAAGUUUGAAACUCGAAGGAGAAGUGUGUUUUGAAAACUGGCCGAAGUUUCUCUACAGACAGUUAUAUACAGUUUUUCUUUUCACACUACAAUACGCUGUACCGUUGGUUAUAAUGAUCAUCGUGUACACAAGCAUCGCACGACAUCUCACGAGGAAAACGCAGCGCGUGAAUCUUUCGAAACAUGGUGAACGCAAAAGAAUCUCGUUGUAUUCAGGCACGAGCUCGAAAACUCGUUGUGAGCGAGAACGGGAACAACGCAAUAAGAAAGCUCUGAAAACUAUAAUAACGGUUGUGGUCGUAUUUUGCGUAUUCAUGUUGCCCUACCAAUUACUAUGGAUCAUAGCUGACUUUCAAGGCAUGAGUGAAGAAAAAUUGUCCAAACUUAGUAAAUUGUUCGUGAUAUUUUCUUAUAUUGGAAGCUGUACGCUAAACCCCUUCAUAUAUGGCGUGGGCGACCGGCAGUUUAGAAAAGGUUAUCAAAGUUUUUUGAAUCAUUUGGUGACUAGAGCAACAGGUCGUAAGGUGAAUCGUAAACUAUCUGGUAACGCUGGUCUUACUGCUGGUGAUACCGAACUCACUCACAGUGUCACAAGAGGAGAAGAAAGUCGUGUAUAG